CUAACUCAAAAGAUAUAGGUCUGAUGCGAAUCUCCAUGGUCAUAGCACCUGAUGAAGGAGUCUCGGAAGCUGAUAUGCGGGAAGGAUUACUUAAUCGAGUAGGAGUAGAAGUUAAAACUUGGUUAAAUUCACUUUAUAUGACUGAAGGAAUCGACGGUCAGGUGGAUGGUAAAAUUUCUUUACCAGAGGUGAUUCCAGUGAUUGAAUUCCGUCAGAUGGCAUGGAAUGCUCAUUCUAUCAACGGCAAAAUCAAGCGGGUUCCAUACGGCGGGAUGUAAUCUAGACCAUGAUCCUUCUACAAGAUGAUGGCGUGAUAAUAAUUCUCUAAAUUCAUCGAAGGGUUUUCACUACACGAAUAUGACAUCCAGCGUUCAUUGAAACCCAAAGCUUCAACGAGUCUAUGACAGAGCAGUCUUCACUUAUCUACAUUGAACGCGAUUUUGUCUAAGCAUCGCGCUAAAUUAAAUCUUUUCACUAAUUGUUCUUAUACCAUCAAAAUCACGCUUUUCGCCGAGAUAAAUGUAAUGAUGGUUGUGUUAGUCUCUUGUGCGACCGAACUUCCAAUCUCACAAUGUUGGUUGGUGUCAGUGAUGAUAAGAUACCUGACGUUUUGUACUUCAACUACUUAGGGUGACAUUCAUCAUCGUCAAGAUAGGUUUGGUUCAGGUUUGAAAGUAAAAUUCGCUGGUCAGAUUCCU